AUGUCGGUGAACAUGCGAAAGUCCUACAACAGCCGGGACUACGAGGGGCUGCACCUUCGCCUCGACCCUGUAGAGAGCGCGAAGCUCUUCGAUUACGCCAUCGACCUGGUUGAACGCCGCGUGCCGUACAAUUUCGCCGACCUGCUGUACCAACCGAUGAAGGCCGUCCUCCCGGAUAGCGGAUUCUUUGAGGACGUCCCUAACGAAAGCUCCCUGCAGGUCAAGAAGGUCUUCUGCUCCCAGGCUUUCGUCCUAGCCCUGCGCAACAGCCUGCACAACGACGACCUCGCCGGGGCACUCAUCGACGAGAGCCCAAUCCAGCGGAAGAAGCUGCUCUGGAGGCUGAUCAGCGAAAACAGCCGGCUCUGCACUCCCAGCGACCUCUACCAUAUCAUCAGGCCUUACUGCAGGAGAGUGGACAUGGACCGGCUCCGGCACGGCCAUUUGUCUUACACAUAA